UUGACAAAUCAUGAUUACGAAUUAACCUCCAAGGAGUAAAAAUAAAAUCCAAAGCCGGUGAUUGUUUUAACCCGAUUUUCAUAAUUCUUUUUCUCUUACAUACAGACACAGAGAAUAUUCAGGUAUAAACCGUUUGUUCAAAAGUGCAGAUAUGGCUCUAACAAAACCAAAAUCUGAAAUGACUGCAGAGGAGCUUCAAGCUAGAGAGGAAGAAGAGUUUAACACUGGUCCUCUUUCUGUACUUACACAGUCUGUAAAGAAUAAUACACAAGUACUUAUUAACUGCAGAAAUAACAAAAAAUUGCUUGGAAGAAUUAAGGCUUUUGAUAGGCAUUGUAACAUGGUUCUUGAGAAUGUCAAGGAAAUGUGGACUGAACUUCCAAGACCUGGCAAGGGUAAGAAGAAAUCAAAGCCUGUAAAUAAGGACCGCUUUAUUUCAAAGAUGUUCCUACGAGGAGAUGCUGUUAUUAUGGUUGUAAGAAACCCUCUCGCAAGUGGUAGUUAAGCUUUACUGACCCAAGUAAUAUUCACUCGGGAUGAGGCAGACCUGGAGAAUAUUUGCCACAUAGUUAAUUUAUGUUCCCUUACUGUUAAGAGAUUUUAGUUUUAGUUUCACUUGUCUAAACCACUUUAGGCUUAAAAUGAUUUUUGAUAAGUCUUUGAUAAAUAAAUUUUUCUUUUUCUU